AUGAAGGUCUUUGACAAGUUCGGGGGUACAAGCAAGCGCAAGGCGGACGAGAUCGCCUCCGGUGGUGAAGAAGACGAAGUGCUUCUCGUCGACUUGACUGGCGAAGAGGCGGAAACGCCUGAGCCGUUCAAGGCAGUGCUAGCGGCCUCGAGUCGGAUGAAGCGACCCGAAGGUCAAGCAGAACUCGAGCGUAUUGUAGCUCAAGGGAUGUUGGAAGGUGCUCUCCAAACGUUGAGGUCGUUGGAGGCUGUUGAGCAAUUGUUGCGUGAACGCCGCGAAGAAGAAGCGGCGCGGAAGCUAAACAGGCGGAGCAGGCUGCUCAAGAAGAGAAGCGUCGAUUCCGCAAAGUUGAAGCAGCAGCAUGGACGCAAAGUGCGGAAUUGUCCGGUGCUGUGGCGACGACGUGAAAGUUUGAAGAGCCUGGACGAUGACGACUCGAGCGAAGCGUUCGGUAUGGGCGGCGUUGGCGAGGCAACGUUCGAUUGCAUGUGCGACUCCACGAGCGACGCCGAUGUCGUCGACGACAUUGAAUUGGGUGUUCAACGCCAACGCGUAUUUGGCAGAGUUCGGGCGAACCCAUGA